AUGGCUAUCAUGGGACUUUCAAAACAGUUCCAGACUUCUUCUCUCUGGGCCAAGGCGGCUUCGUCGUCGAAAUAUAAACUCUUGGAGGAAGAGCAAACAUCUUCAUCUGCCUCACUUCCUCUCCCCGAAGACAAGGAGAAUAUGCACACCUUAACUAUAAUCUCUACCACUGCAAAUACCAUCUCGAAGAUAUGGAUAUUGCACAUGAUCUUGUUCAUGAUCUCUGGUGCUAUGUUACUACAUUCGACCCUCAAGCUCUCUGGCAAAAGUUACUGUAUUGAGAAACUAUCUCCUUACUCUCCAGGUCUUCACAUUUUCCAGGAUGUAGACAAGGUAUACCGAUUCGACGUGGGCUAUAACUCCCAUUCUAGUUUCAGAGGGCCUCCAUCACCUGAACGCGAUGCUGUUUGGGACAGAAUUACACAUGUGGGUGCGAUGAGCAUAUCUGAGGAGACGCGCCAGAAGAUAAAUGCUUCGGAUGGAUCGGUGAGGCUACCGAAAGAAAGCGGGGGUGGAUUCAUGGCUAUGACUGAGUUUGUUCAUGAAAUGCAUUGCAUUGACCGUCUCUGGAAGCAUACAUACCCAGAUUAUUACAUAGACGAGUACAAUCAUACAAUUAAAGAAACGGAGGACUGGCACGAACACGCUGAUCAUUGUGCGGAAAUUCUCCGGCAAAAAGUGAUGUGCAAUGCAGAUGUCACCGUCGUCACCUACAAUUGGUUGAAAAAUCACGAAUCGCCUCACCCAAACUUCAACAGCCAGCACAAGUGCAGGGACUUUGAUGCUGCACUGGAGUGGGCGAUUGCGAAUCAAGCACCUCCUCCAAAAGAAGGGAAAGUAUAUCGGCCAACCGAUGGAACUCAUUACUUUGAGUACGACGAUCUACCUUUUGAUCCUAGAAAGCUUUCGUGA